GAUGGGGAUCUUUUUAAUCUAGUUCGUUGUUUAAUCUUCUGAUUUUUUUCUGGGGUUCAUUUUGUAGUUCAUUUAUUUGUUUUCCGACUGAGAUUAUGCUUUCAUGAUUAUCUAAAUUGUUGUGUUAUAUUGUUGGAUUUCGAAUUAUAGGAAAUUUUGUGGGGUAGAUGUUUGAUUAUUGUCCUGCUAUUUAAGUGCUUGAACCACCAGAGCUGUGUCGAUUUUUCAUCAAAGCGUCAUGAUUUUGAGUUCAUGAAUUUAUCCCAAAUUUUCACAGGAAGAAAUGAACCUGAAGGGAUUUUGACAAUACAUGAAUUAUUCAGGAAUAUGUCAAAUAUUAUUAUUUUUUAAUUAUUUGGGAACUUUGAAUCAUUUUGAAUGCUAAUAUCAGAGUUGUGGCUGAUUUGAUGUUUGGGUUGCUUGGAUUGUAAUUUUUAGGCCAGGAUAACCUGAAUUGCGAUAGGGUGGAGUUGAACCUAAUGAAUGAAUGGAUAGCAAACAACAUAUUGCGAUAUUUACUACUGCAAGUCUUCCAUGGAUGACUGGAACCGCUGUCAACCCUCUCUUCCGUGUGGCCUAUCUUACAAAGGGCAGGGAGUUCAAGGUUACCUUGGUGAUUCCCUGGCUGUCCCCGAAAGAUCAAGAAUUAGUAUAUCCCAACAAGAUUAUACUCAAGUCACCUUCAGAGCAGGAGGCAUAUGUCCGUCAGUGGCUCGGGGAGAGGACUGGGUUUGUAUGUGAUUUCAGUAUAAAAUUUUAUCCUGGAAAGUUUUCCAGAGAUAAAAGGAGCAUUCUUGUGGUUGGGGAUAUUACAGAAAUCAUCCCUGAUGAAGAGGCUGAUAUUGCAGUCCUCGAGGAGCCUGAGCAUCUUACAUGGUAUCAUCAUGGAAAUAGAUGGAAAACUAAAUUCCGUUUGGUUGUAGGAAUUGUUCAUACCAAUUAUUUGGAAUAUGUUAGAAGAGAAAAGAAUGGACGGUUGCAGGCAUUUCUUCUGAAAUACAUAAAUAAUUGGGUUAUUGAUAUCUAUUGCCACAAGGUGAUUAGAUUAUCUGCUGCCAUCCAGGACCUUCCGAGAUCCAUCAUCUGCAAUGUUCAUGGAGUCAAUCCCAAGUUCCUUGAAAUUGGCAAAAGAAAGAAUGAGCAUCAACAAAAUGGUGACCAAGCCUUCAGUAAAGGCGCCUACUAUAUUGGGAAAAUGGCGUGGAGCAAAGGCUACAAGGAGCUACUCAAACUUCUUCAUGAUCACCAAAAGGAACUAACUGGACUUGAGGUUGAUUUAUAUGGCAAUGGGGAGGAUUCGGAUCAAGUUCAGGAAGCUGCCAAAAAAUUGGAACUAGACGUCAGAGUUCACCCUGGGCAUGAUCAUGCUGAUCCAUUAUUUCAUGAGUAAGCUCCCUAUGAUUUAUUGACAUCCAGACAUCAAUUUAAUCAUUAGUUUUUUCUCUGAUGGAAAUAAAGAAAGUGAAAUUGCAUUUGCCUUGUAAUGCAAUGCAUCGGGCAGAAGUUGAGGGUGCUGAUAACCUUAGUUGUUGCAUAUUGUGCACUUUUGACUAACACUAUGGUUCCCGGUACACCUAAGCUUGGGUCUAUUUGGACUCUUGGUCAAUUUAUUUUUCUAGCACCCAAAAGAAUGCAAACAUGUGGAAAUAUCAUCUGUUUCAAUCAACCACACAAGUGUUUGUACUGAAUUGAUCCUGGCAGAAAAUGUUGUGCCAGUAUGAAUUCAGCCAUGGUGAAUUGCAUCUUCUGACUAAUGAUAGCCAGGAUGAUUCAUAGUAACCCAUUCAGGGUACAUAUUCUCUGGAACUACUGUUUCUUGUUUCUCAAUGUUUUCCAUUUUUGCAGUUAUUAACAACAUUGCAUACAACAUUGCUAUGUACUCUAUAACAGAAAAACUCCUGUAUUCCCUUUCCUCUUCUAAUUAUUCUUAUUAGUUAAAAUAAUAAUAAAAGAAUCCUGAAAAUAGACUGAAGGAUUGUAGCAAUUUUAUUAUA